AUGGCCGAUUUACUUGGGGCUCCUUCGCAGCAGAUUCAACGAAUGGAUGGUUGGAACACUGAUACUAUGUCAAACUCCUAUCUUGAUUCUCUUCCUCGCCAAUUCAUGCGCGUUAUGGCCGGCUUUGAAAGCGAUGCUAGCUAUUACUUGCCUAGGGCUAAAGAGGAGCCAUGUGACAGAUUGAAGCAGUUGGUGUUUCCCUGGGUUGACUAUUGGUAUGAUCGACAUUCAAGCGGGACAGUUCAUGAAACUUCUGGUUCAGCCGACAAGUUUCUGCUUUUGAUUAAAUGCUUCAAGACGACUUUCUUACAAAACGCAGCUGUGAUGAUGGACGUAAUACCUGAACACCCUAUUUGGAGGCACGAAAUUUUCGGAAACCCACUCUUUCUAGAAUUUCAAAGAAAAGCAAAAGCUCACGUUGAAGAAAAUGAAGUGCCCCAUUCAUUAAUUAUUGAAAGAUUUGCGCCUGAAGUACAAGAGCAGCUUUCCAGCAUCAACCGAAGUAUAGCAAAUACAAUGCGAGAAUUGAAUGAACGUCAAAAGAAGUCGGAUAAAAUCCAGCAGCAAAUGCAAAAAGUGUUUGACAAUAUAGUCACCGGAAAGCAGCAACUGCAACUGUCUUUUAGAAUGGACCAAGGGAACCAAGCAGUAGCGACAACAGGCGCUGUCGCAAAUACCUCUGCCUUGCCAAGAUCAGAAGAUGUAUCGUAA